AUGAGUGCAGACCCUGAGGCACCUGUGGAUGCCAAUCGUCGCAGUGGAGGUCAUGUUAUUCGGAACAUGAUCUACCAGCACGAUAAUUCUCACAAUCUUGAGAUAGUAACAGGCUGGAAGGAUCAAGGAACGCGAGAGUACAACCAACAGAUUGUUCCUCCUACCAAGUUAGACUUGCCACGGACGCACCCGUGCCACCACCUAAAUGCAGAGUUGCUGCGCUGUAGCCUUGAUUGUCCGUCGGAGAUGAAAUUGGCAGGACGUAUCGCCACAUGCAAUACGGAGCGGAAGUUACUGAUGGUAUGCUUCACAAGGAAUAAGGACUGGAAGGAGGAGGCUCCUUCACAAUGGUACAAAUUUUGGUGA